AUGGGGAAUUCGGCAAGUUGCCAAUGCACAUGUUUGCAGUCGGGGACUUUAGACGAAUACGUCCAUCCGAAGAAGUCGCUGUCACCACUCAAAAAGCUGAAAGUAUUAGAGUCUCCAAUAGUUUCUGAAGAAGAGUGCAAAUCUUCGAUAUACACCCAUCCACCCUCUGAAUUGUAUAAACGAAAAAGUGUGAGUCCGAUGACACCAAUACGUUCAGUAUCAUCAAGUUCAUUGUUUACAAAGAGAACACCAGUUAUGAUGCUUUCAACCCCAUCAGUUUACACUAAAGAAAAAUCCCAAACUGUUUUGAAAGACCCAAAACGUCUAAUAAAAAGGUCGACGACGUCUUCAAAACUCUUGGUGAACUUUUCCUCUAAAAACAAUUCAAAAAAUUCGUCGGGAACGAACACCCCAAUUAAUGAAUCUUCGCCCGCAAUGGACAUUGCAUCUCCAGACAUCCAAAUACUCUUUUCUCCAGUGUUUCAGAAAACGCCAACUAUACUCUUUGAUACAAAUGAAGACGGGUGGGACACUAAGACAUUCAACGCGAAGAUCUCUUGUAAAAAGAACGUGAUGGUUGUCUGUGUGUUGGACGACAAGUCAUAUUUGGGAGUGUACUCCGACGCGCUAGUCCCGAUGCCGCCAAAGGAUGAAAGUGUCGUUGUGACUGCGAAAAACACACUGUUGUUCAGUAGCCACCCAUCUUCCGAAUCGCCUUUAGUGUUUGAAAAAUACACAAAAAACACGAAUUGCUUCACUAUGCACUCUAACACACAACACUCGCUGUUAUUCACAUGCUUCUCUGCGUUUUGGAUCAAAACGAACCAAAUGGUGUCGAUCAAUUCUCACGUAGCUGAACAGUACGAAAUCACAACGACAAGGUCUUUAUUUUGGUCUUCAUUUUCUAAAGAAUACAAAUGCAAUAAAGUCCUUGCAGUGGAGUGGAUUUAA